UGAGAUCGAGAUGUGUUGUGUGUGGUAUAUGACAUACAAAAUUUUAAAUUUUGGAACGAAAAAUACUUUGAUUUGUAAUUCAAAAAUAUAUUUUUAAAUGAGAAAGUUAAUUGCAAAUAUUAGUACUUUGGACUUUUAAUUAAUAAUAUACACGUUUUGUAUGAAAAUUUUUGAAUGAUAAUAAGAAAUAUUUUUUGUUAUGGAUCUUCCUGAAAAUGUUCGCACGGAUCUAAUAAAGCUGUUACCAGCUUCAGUUAUAAAUGAUGUAGUUUGUUUUUGUUUGUAUGAUAAACAUCCACGAGACUCAAGAAAAAUAGACGUGUUAGUUUGUACUAAAAAGGGUGAAGUGUUGGAAUUUUACGACAGACGUUUAAUUUCAUCAAUUUUAUUAGACGAUGCACCGAACGUGAAAGAAAUAACCAUACUUCGUAAUGAAAAAUGCGUUCCAUUCUACAUGCUUUCAGCUGAAAAUGAAAUAUUUAUACUAUCAGCGAAUGAUACAUUAAAUAUUCAUCGUAGAGUAAGAAAUGUUGAGAGUUGCGAAUUAAUUGAUAAAGAAUGUAGUGGUCAGCCUUGUCUUAAAAUUAUUUGUAAGGAUGAUGCUGUUCCAGUUUUGUUUGAUAAUAACUUUAAUAUCAGCCAGCCACUUUUGGCAUCACAAAAUAAAUAUUCUACAGAAUCUGUGCCUCUUAUAACACAGUUACAGAGAAAACUCACAGAAGCUAAGUACAAUGUAAAUAAAAAUGAAGGUAUUUUGAAAGAGUAUGUAAAAUUUAAACAAGCUGCUGCUUUUGCAUUGUAUGAGACAGCAAGACCAAAUGCUGAUGAUUCUCUUUUUAGCUUAGGAACUGUAACUAUAGCAAAAGCUUUGAAGAUAAAAACUAAGUCUCCUAUACUCAAAGUAUGCAACAAGAAAGUUGUUAUUAUUGCAAAUGUUUGGAAUGAGGAUAAUGUACCUAUAGAAAAUUUACACUUUCUUCUUCAUGAUACAACAAAACACGCCUUCUGCUAUACCACCAAAAUCUUUAAACCAACCACAUCACCUCCAUUUUGGGAAGAGAGUGGUUUUCAUUCUAUUCAAAAUAAUGAUAAACAUUUUAUAGCAGGAGUGGUUGAUUUAAAAGAAUUAAAAUAUAACAUUAGUAGCAAAAUAGAAUUUGAAGUGGUUUUAUCUUACAAGAAACAGGGCAAAAGCUAUUUAUUGCCCUUAGACAAUGUUGUAGUAUCUGCGUUAAACACUAUGGGCAAAGAUUGUGAUGUGAUUUUGGAUGAUGAAGAUGAUGCUAACAAAAUAUUAGCAGUUCUGGCAUCUUCAGACAAGACCGAUUUAAUUUUGAGACAUAUUAAGGAUGUGAACGAGCAAAAAAUAAAUAUAUACAAUGAACUAUCCAAGCACUUAGAUUUCAAUGAAUUGCAAACAAUGAAAAACAUACUGAUACAUAAGAAAUCACCUUAUCAUCUACUUUAUGGGUUAACAAUAAUAUCGGUGCAUGGAUAUGAACAUGAAAAUAGCAUAAGUAUAGAAGUAUAUUCCAGAUCUCCUGCUCAAGUACUAGGAUUCAUUCAUUUAAUUUACGAUUCUGUUCCAUACAGGAUUAUGGUAACAUUGCCAGAACAUAAAAUUACUGCCAAAAAUGAAGACUUAUCAUAUUAUAACGAUAUUACUUCUGAAACUUUACCACAAAUAGAUUAUACAGGUGAAGCAUCAGCUAUUUUGAAUCAAACCACGUUAAUAAAAGAAUACUUUGAUAGAUGUAUGAUUAAAAUGAAUAACAGCUCUGAUCAAGGUGUUUUAAAUAAAAUCGGUCAAGAAAUAGAUUUUCUUGCAUUGGGACUUCCGGAGUAUGUUAAAUUAAGAAAUCAGUUGUUAAAUGAAGCCGUGAUUGGUAUUAAUACUUCACCUACAAAUAUUGUUAAUAUUGAUUCCCAGGAAAUGGUGAUAGAUUAAUGAAAUACUUUUUUGCAUUUUAUGUCUGUGAUAAUAAGGUGGAUCAGGUAGAAUGUAAGUAUUCAAUAAACAAAACGAAUCUA